AUGGAGACCCACAACCUUACAGUGGUGACUGAGUUCAUCCUCAUGGGCAUCACUGACCGCCCUGAGCUGCAGGCACCAUUGUUUGGACUUUUCCUCACCAUCUACCUGAUCACAUUGGUUGGCAACUUGGGCAUGAUCGUCCUCACGAUGGUGGAUUCCAGACUGCAAACACCCAUGUACUUCUUUCUCAGACACCUCGCUACUGUAGAUCUUGGUUAUUCAACUUCUGUGGGACCCAAAAUGUUAAGAAAUUUUAUUGUAGAUAAAAAUACAAUAUUAUUUUAUUUUUGUGCUACCCAGUUGUCUUUCUUUAGUAUGUUCAUUGUUAGUGAAUUUUUUAUUCUCUCUGCAAUGUCUUAUGACCGUUAUGUGGCCAUCUGCAAACCACUCCUAUACAAUGUCAUUAUGUCACGAAGAGUAUGUUGGGUCCUGGUGGCAAUCCCAUAUCUUUAUAGUAUAUUUGUUGCACUCAUUGUCACCAUAAAUAUUUUCUCUUCAUCCUUCUGUGGCCACUAUGUUAUCAGUCAUUUCUAUUGUGAUGGUCUCCCAUUAACAUCUUUGCUGUGCACAAAUAAAGAGGAAAGUGAAAUGAUAAUUUUAAUCUUAUCAAUUGUUGACUUGAUUUCUUCUCCAGUUGUCAUCCUUGUCUCCUAUCUGCUCAUUCUCAGAGCUAUUCUCAGGAUGAACUCUGCUGAGGGCAGACGCAAGGCUUUUUCCACCUGUGGGUCCCACCUGACAGUGGUCACUGUCUUCUAUGGGACUUUGAUAUUUAUGUAUGUGCAGCCUAAGUCCAGUCACUCCAUCAACACUGACAAGGUAGCUUCCAUCUUUUACACCAUGGUCAUCCCUAUGUUAAAUCCCUUGAUCUAUAGUUUGAGGAACAAAGAUGUCAAGCAGGCCCUAAGAAGGACAGGGAAAAGAAUACAAAAUAUCUUCUCCUAA